AUGGAAAUUCUUUUAUCAAUUGUUGGGAAAAUAGGAGAAUCAAUUGUUGGGAAAAUAGGAGAAUCAAUUGUUGGGAAAAUAGGAGAAUCCUUGGUUUCGCCAAUCGGAGAACAAUUUGGCUAUCUUAUUUCCUACGAGAGCAGUAUCAAGAUUCUAGAAGAGAAAUUUUUGAAGUUACGUGAGAAGAAGGAAGCGGUGCAACAAUCUGUUGUUGGAGCCGAAUGGAAUCAAGAAGUAGUCGCAAGUGAAGUUAAGACGUGGCUGGCAAAUGUAGGAAAAAAACUUGAAGAAGUGGGAAAAUUCCUUGCAGAAGAUGCCAAAACUAAUAUGAUGUGCAUGAAUGGUUGGUGUCCUCAUCAUCUGAAGCUCCGCUAUUCCUUGGGCAAGAAAGCUCAGAAGAAUACUCGAGCCAUCAAUGAGUUGCUAGAUGAAGGUGGAAAAUAUGACAGGGUGUUCAAUAUUGCACCUCCAUUGAAAGUGAGAUCAUUAUCCACAGAACGGUUUAAGGAUUUUGAAUCACGAAAAGAAAUGAUUCAAAAUGUUUUGGAGGCUCUAAGGGAUGAAAAAACCGACAUGAUUGCAAUAUGUGGUAUGGGAGGGAUUGGCAAGACAGAAAUGGCAAAAGAGAUAGCUACAAGAGUAAAAAAUAAUGGUUUAUUCCAUGAAGUUGCCAUUGCAGUGGUGUCUCAAAGUCCAAACUUGACAAAGAUUCAAGGUGAACUUGCAGAAAUGCUAGGUCCUAGACUUGAUGAAGAGAGUGAACACGGAAGAGCAAAUGAAUUAUAUUCAAGAUUGACUAAGGCUAAGAAAGUCCUUGUAAUAUUGGAUGAUGUUUGGGACCCACUUGAUCUUGAGGCUAUUGGAGUUUACCAUGCAGUUAAAGAAAAGAGUUGCAAAAUCUUGAUGACGUCAAGAAGUGAAGAAACUUGCAAUCAGAUGCAAUUUCAAAAGAUUUUUCAAAUUGGACUUUUAUCCAAAGAAGAAGCUUGGAAUCUUUUCAGAGAGAUGGCAGGUGAUUUUAUCAAUUCCCCCAAUCUAAUUUCAAUAGCAGAACAAGUUGUGAGGGAAUGCGCACGUUUGCCCAUUGCUAUUGUGACGGUUGGAAGUGCUCUUCGCAACAAAAGAGAUGAAUAUGAGUGGAAAGCUGCACUUCAGCAACUUAAAAUGUCUAUUCCACAAAAUAUCCCUGGUCUGCAUCCAAAGGUAUAUUCCAGCAUAGAGUUCAGUUACAAUUAUUUAGGAAGUGACGAAGCCAAAUCAUGCUUUUUGCUAUGUUGUUUGUAUCCUGAAGAUUAUGAUGUUCCAAUUGAACAUUUAGUUUGGUAUGGAGUUGGCAAAAGGUUUCUUCAAGGCAUUAGUAUUGUGGAACAAAUAAGAGCACAUGUCCACACAAUAGUUCGGAAUCUUCAAAGAUCAAAUCUCUUGUUGGAUAGCAAAGAGGAUGAAUGCAUCAAAAUGCAUGAUAUUGUGCGAGAUGUUGCCAUAUCAAUUGCAUCCAGAGAUGAAUAUGGUUUUAUGGUUGAGUUGGAUAAAAGACAUGAAGAAUGGCCACUGAAGGAUACAUAUGACAGUUACACCACAAUUUCUCUUUUACUUGGAGAAAUGAAAGGUCAUCCUAAUGGGUUGAAGUGUCCCAAACUUCAAUUUUUGCGACUAUUAUGUUUAAAAGAUUCAAAAACAUUCCCAGGCAAUUUCUUUAAUGGGAUGAAUGAGCUAAAGAUGUUGUCUUUGCAAGAAGGCUGCUUCUCCUUGACAUCAUUGCCAUCAUCUAUACAGAUGCUCGAGAACCUUCGGAUGCUGAAUUUGGAGAGUUGUCGCUUGGGGGAUGUGUCGGCAAUAGGAACCCUUGGAAAACUAGAAAUUCUUGGUUUUCGUGAUUCCAAGAUUGAGGAAUUGCCGUGUGAAAUAGGAAAUCUUAGCCAAUUAAAGUUGCUGGAUAUGAAGAUGUGUUUUCCUCUAAAGCGAAUUGCAGCUGGAAUCUUAUCCCGUUUAUCUCGCCUACAAGAGUUGUAUAUGGCAAGCUUUAAGAAUUGGGAAUAUACGACUACGACAGAAGGAAAUGGAGAAGGAACAAGUAAUAAUGCAAGUCUUGCUGAACUAAUUCCUUAUUUUGGUCGAAUGACGGUCUUAGAAAUCAGCAUAUCAGAUAUCGGGUGCUUGCCAAAAGAAUUUGACUUCAAUAACUCCAGUUUGAGAUUUAGAAUAAACAUUGAAGAUGGCCGACGAUAUUUAUUUGAAAAUGAAAUCAGACUUGAACGGGAGGAUGCAAGUGAUCUUGGGAAAGUACUUUUGGAGAGUAGAAGUGUUUUUGGCAACCUGAAACAUUGUGCAAUAGUUAAGUGCCAGCGUUCGAAAAAUAUAUUUUGGUUGGCCAUGGUGAGAGAUUUGGUUCAACUCAAAUCGUUAGACAUUUCUAAAUGUGAAAAUAUAGAAGAAAUUUUUUCGAAGAAAGGAGAAGAUAGUGAUGUCAUUACAUUGCCGAAGUUGGAGAAAAUGCAUCUAUCUUCCUUACCAAGGCUCAUUGGUAUAUGUCAAUCCAUGGACUCAGUUGAGGUUGAAGGAGGAGGCAGCACUUCAUCAACAACCCUCUCUCAUAAACUACUUUCAUCCAACACCAUUUUGUGGUUUCCCAAUUUGGUAGAGCUUUAUGUAAAAGAGUGUGAAUUACUAGAAGUGGUAUUUGAUUUGGAAGGACUAAAGGUCGUCAUAGAGAACAGCCAAUUACAAAGCCUAAAGUUGCGUAACUUAUCUCGGAUGGCACAUGUGUGGAAGAAUAUUCCAAGAGGGUUUCAAGGCUUUCAAAACUUAAUAUCAAUUAAAAUCCGGGAAUGUCACAAGUUGCGAAAUUUGCUCUAUGCUUCUGUUGCCAAACUACUGGUGAAACUUCAAAGCAUAGAAAUAAUGGAUUGCGAAUUGAUGGAAAAUGUUAUUCAAAGAGAGGACGAAGCUGGAAAAGAAAUGGGAGAAGAUAUCACUACGAGUUUUAGUAGCAAAGCCCAUUCUUUUGAGUGGCCAUCCAUAAAGAAGAUCGAAUUGUCGGAUUGUCCCAAACUAAAAACAUUUUAUUCAGAAAUUGAAAGCAGAAGAAAGCUUAAGAAAACUGACGUAGAAUUGGAUUCAAGAGCCACAGAGCCUAGUGUUGGCUUCUCCUCAGUACGAUCGAGAGAUUCAGUUGGACUUUUCAACCGCUGCCUAGAGUCUUGUUUACCAGGUCGCAGAGCCAAGAGAUCCCAAGAAAAUAACAGCUCCUCUUUAGAAGGGAAUAAACACGACAUUAACAAAGAGGUUACAGUGACAAAGAAAGGGGAGCAAAAUGUGUGUGAGAUUGAAAAUCAAAUAAAAUAUAUGUGGUCUCUGUUUCCAUACAACUUGGUUGAAAGUUUGGCAAAUCUAGGAGAACUUUAUGCAGUUAAAUGUGAUUCAUUGGAAGUGAUAUUUGAACUUGAGGGACUAAAUGUUGAAGAAAGCAAUAUCUUCAACAAUUUGACAGUGCUGUCAUUAGAUCACUUACCAAAGCUGUUGCAUAUAUGGAAGAAAGAUCCGCGAGAUAUUAAGGGCUUCAAUAACUUGAGAUUGCUACAGGUAUCGGGAUGUGAUAAUUUGAAAUGUUUAUUCGCACCAUCCAUAGCAAAACUUCUAGUGAAUUUAGAGAAAAUAGAAGUUCAUAACUGCAAAGAAAUUGAAGAAAUCCUUGAAAAAGAAUCAGGAGAUGAAGAGAGGAGAGAUGUGAUCGUAUUCCCCCAAGUUAAUACCCUCUCACUCAUGGAUUUGCCAAAGUUGGAAUUUUUUUACACAGAAGAUAAUUAUGCUUUUGAGUGGCCAUCUCUGAAAAAGAUGACAAUGGUUGGAUGUCAACAUUUAAAAAUGUUUGUUUCAACAAGUGUGGAAACUCCUAAGCUAAAGGGAGUGCAUUAUAAUGAGUUUGAAGCUUUUCAACCAAUGAUAGCAGGAGGCCUCAAUACCACCAUACAACUCGUUAUCAAAGGAUCAAAGGUGAAUUUAGUGGAGAUCUUGCAGAGUCUAAGCAUUCGUAGCCGUGAAGAUUUAGAAUAUCUAAGCAAGGCCCUACCGAAUGAUCAGACUCUAGAUCUGGCUGAUGCCUUCUUUCUCGUACAGUCACUUGAACUCAACAAAUUCUUCAAUUUAAAAGAGAUCUAUCAUACCAAACCCCGAUGGAUCAAGAUCUCUGAGCUUGGAAACCUGAGAUCUGUGAAGCUAUAUCGUUGCAGCAGUUUGAAAAAUGUGUUUUCGUUGGCCGUAGCAAAGGGUUUGGUUCAACUCCAAGAGUUAACCGUACGUGUUUGUGGGAAUAUAGAAGAAAUUCUGUCUCUGGAAGGAGACGAUGAGAAAGCAUUUGAUGUCAUCAAGUUGCCCAAGUUGACGAAUAUUAAGCUGGAAUGUCUACCAAGGCUCAUUUGUUUUUCUCAAUCUACCGCCCAGUACUCAUCCUUGAAUGGGAAAGAGGUUGCAGGACCUAUAAUUGAAUCAUCAUCCAUCUCUAGCAAAUUAUUUUCAUCCAACACUAUUUUGUGGGUACCCAAUUUGGAAAAACUUGUCGUAAAUCGGCUCUACAUACAUGGAGCGUUAUUUGAUCUUAAAGGACAAGAUGACCUGCGCGGGAAAAACAUUCCAGUACGUGCUCAAAUGAGAACUCUACAUUUGGAGGAGUUAUUUUGUUUGGCACAUGUGUGGAAUAAUAUUCCUCCAGGAUUUCAAGGCUUUCGAAACUUAACAUCAAUUGAAAUCCUUAAAUGUCAGAGUCUAAGAUACUUGUUCUUGACUUAUUUUACAAAUUUAUUUGCCGAACUUCAAAGCAUCUCAAUAGUUAGCUGCAAACGGAUGGAAAGUAUUGUUCAAAAAGAGGAAGCUGGUGAAGAAAGGGGACUAGAUAUAAUUGCAUUCCCUCGAAUGAGCACUAUCAAUUUGACUGAUGUGGAGAAUCUCGUGAGUUUCAGUAGGGAGGUUUGUUCUUUUGAUUGGCCAUCCAUAACAAAAAUCACAUUGGAUACUUGUCCAAAAUUGAAAACAUUAGGCUCAAAAAUUCAGAGCCCAAGAGCCCAAGAGCCUAGUCUUGCCUCCUCCUCAACAGCAGAUUCUCCUGGUUUUCUCAGCCGAUGUCUUGAGUGUGUACCAAGUAGCAGGAGUUCAAGUCCGGUAAUUGAAUCCAGCCAAGGCACUACGAAGAGACCCCAAGAGGUUACAUUGACAAAGCAAGAUGAGCCAAAUAGGAGUGAGAUUGAAAAUCAAACAAAGAUGUGGUCUCUAUUUCCAUACUACUUGAUUCAAAGUUUGAAAAAUCUAGAAAUACUUAAUGCAGAACGAUGUGGUUCAUUGGAAGUGAUAUUUGAACUUGAGGGACUAAAUGUUGAAGAAAGCAAUAUAUUAAAUAACUUGACAGUGUUGGGAUUACAAGAUUUACCGAAGCUGUUGCAUAUAUGGAAGAAAGGUCCACGAGAUAUCAAGGGCUUCAAUAACUUGAGAUUGCUACGAGUAGGGGGAUGUAAUAGUUUGAAAUGUUUAUUCACACCAUCCAUAGCAAAACUUCUUGUAAAAUUAGAAGAAAUAAAAGUUGAGGACUGCGAUGAAAUGGAAGAAAUCAUUGCAAAAGAAUCAGGAGACGAAGAGAAAAGAGAUCAUAUGAUUGCAUUCCCUCAAGUGAAGACCCUCAACCUCCAAUUUUUACAAAAAUUAGAAUGUUUUUGCAAUCAGACGAUUUCUUGUAAGUGGCCGUCUCUGGAAAACAUGACAAUGGAUGGAUGUAAAAAAUUAAAAAUGUUUGUAUCAACAAGUAUGGAAACACCUAAGCUAAAGGGAGUGCUUACGGAGUUUGGUUUUCAACCGAUGAUAGAAGGAGACCUCAACACCACCAUACAACACAUUAUCAAAGAAAUGGCGAAUUUUCAAGAGAUCUCGCAGAGUUCCAGGUCUCCAUAGCAGUUGGUUUUGCUUGCCUUGCCCCUAAGAGAUAGUCUUACAGCUUUGGAGUUUCUGGAGCUGCUGAAAAUUGCGUCUCUCAUGGUUGGUCAUUUCAUUGGACAUUUCCAAUAAUUUGUCGUAUAGUUUAAUCUCACAAUUCUGCUUCGUACGUACAGUCUUAAUUCAGAACCUCAUUUUCUCUUUCCUCUCUCUCAGAAAAGCUCAUAUCCUCAUUUUCUCUUUCCUCCAUCAUUUCUCUCGUUCCUCCGCCCCGCUUGGUGAG